GGAGUCUCUCUGCGCGGCGGCGGCCGCCAUGGCGGGCCGAGGGCCGCCGCUUUGCUACGCGCUGCUGUGCGGGCAGGCGGCGCUGCUGCUGGGCAACCUGCUGCUCCUGCAGGGCGUGCCGCGCAGCCUCCAGCACAACGCCACCCUCGGCCCCGAGCAGCCCGACGCGGAGCCCCCCGCCAGCGCCGGAGGCGCCUUCUCCUGCCAAGGCCACGGCCCCCACGGCCCGCUCGUGCGCUGCGAUCACCUACCUGAGGAGUUUGUAGAGUGUGAGGCUCCCAUGGAUCAUGGUGGAAAUGCAAGUGCACGAGAGGAACUGGGCUACGGAUGUCUCAAGUUUGGUGGUCAGGCAUAUAGUGAUGUGAGCCACACUCAGGUCCAAUGCAAGGCACUGGAUGGCAUCGAAUGUGCAGGCCAGCGGACCUUUCGGCGGGGGAAUAAGCCAUGCAUAAAAUACACGGGGCACUACUUCAUAACUACUCUCCUCUACUCCUUUUUUUUGGGCUGCUUUGGAGUGGAUCGCUUCUGCCUGGGGCACACAGGCACAGCUGUAGGGAAAUUGCUCACUCUUGGAGGACUUGGGAUCUGGUGGUUUGUGGACUUGAUUCUUCUUAUCACUGGGGGACUGAUGCCCAGUGAUGGAAGCAACUGGUGUACCAUUUACUGAAAGUCUACAACUCUGACUGGACCUAAACCAAAGAAGAAAUGGGAGGAGAUUCUUUGUUCAGU